GCUCCGAGGCGCCGCCUGACUCUCGGCUCCGGCUCUCUGGGCAGCGACCCCGUGGACGGCGCCUCCUGGAACUGCUUCCUGCUGGACGAGCGCGCUCUGCUGCGCGUGCGCGGCCCGGACGCGGCGCCCUUCCUGUUGGGGCUGGUGACCAAUGAUCUGCCACUUUCGAGCCCCGACGCCGGCGCGGCCCCACCCCCUGCGCGCGCGGCGUACGCCCACUUCCUGAACGUGCAGGGCCGCACCCUCUAUGACGUCAUCCUGUACGGGCUUCCUGAGGGGGCACCGGGCUUCUUCCUGGAGUGCGACAGCUCUGUGCUGGGAGCCCUGCAGAAGCACCUGGCACUGUACAAGAUCCGACGGAAGGUCACGGUGGAGCUGAGUCCAGAGCUCCACGUGUGGGCUGUGCUGCCCAGCGCCCCCGAUCUGUCCAGAGCUGUGCCUCUGCAGGAGAGGGUGGAAGCCACCGCCAUCCUGGCCCGCGAUCCCCGGACGGCACGCAUGGGCUGGCGGCUUCUCACCCAAGACCAUGGUGUAACUCUCGUGCCCAGGGGCCGGCUUGGGGACCUCCGGGAUUAUCACAUACAUCGAUACCAACAAGGCAUCCCCGAGGGGGUUCGAGACCUGCCUCCAGGAGUGGCCCUACCCUUGGAGUCCAACUUGGCCUUCAUGAACGGCGUGAGCUUCACCAAAGGAUGCUACAUUGGCCAGGAGCUGACCGCUCGCACCCACCACAUGGGUGUCAUUCGAAAGCGCCUCUUCCCGGUGCAUCUCGAGGGCCCUCUCCCCGAGCGUGGCAUUGGCCUUGGCACUGUGGUGCUUACUGAAACGGGACAGACAGCUGGCAAGUUCAGAGCCGGCCAGGGGAGUGUGGGACUGGCCCUGCUUCGGUCGGACACCAUCAAAGGUCCUCUCCACAUGAAGACCUCUGAGAACCGUCAGGUGGCUGUAACUGCCUCAGUGCCAGACUGGUGGCCUCCAGCCACCAAGUAGCCCUGCGUGCUCUGUUGCUGGGGUGCCACAGUCUGUCUGCUGUGUUCCACUAGGUAUGAGCCCCACUUUGCAUGGUGGGCCCCUGAACGCUCAGCUGGAACGUCCCUGUGUGCCCCGGCCACAGUCAAGCCCAGCCACCACUGAUUCUUCUUGGGGAGGGUCCCAUACUUGCGCGACAUCCUCUCCUGGAACACCCUGUGCCUGGGCCAGCAGGAACCCCUCAGGCCAGGAGAAGGAAGGGCCGGACGACCCCGGUUGGGUUCCCAUAUGGUCCUUAGGUCAAAGACAGCAUGGCAUUGGUGUCGGCUUGUUCCCAGCUGGAGGUGGGCAGCCUGCAUGUCUGCUGUGUCGACAGGCUUUGGAAAAAGCUUCGUGGUGGGAGUUUGUCUGAGGUUGGAGCCAUGGGCUCCUUGGGACGCGAUGUCUGCACCCCGAGUCAGCAUGGCUCCUUGGGACGGAUUCUGCACAUCUGAGUCAGCACUUUCUAAGGGUAUCUCUGUGACUAGUUUACACACACUGUGGGGUCCAGAAAGGCACCCACAACACACAUGUCUCCUGCUUUUGCCUCUGGAAGUCUGCAGGAAGGGUGCUGAAGUCCUGGCGGAGGGGUUUCUACUUGAGGUGUUUUUCUCUGGUUUGAGAAACUGCCCUGUGGUGUCAGUAUGGGAGCAGCUCCUGGCCAGCGGUGAGGCGCGCCGCUGGGACUGGCAGCCUUUCCCUGUUGUAAUGUGAACAUGCUGCACAGACAGGGAGGGGUGUAUUAAAGUGUGGCCUACAAACA